CUCACCACAAGCAGCAUUGGAGCCCCUCCGUCCUGAUCAGUGGAGAUGGGCUGAGGCGAAGGAGCAACCCAACGACAUCGAGACCAUCAGCGGCCGACUGCAGCAGUUACAGAAGGGAGUAUUCGGGAAUUCGUCCUGGUCCCAGUUGCCCUCUUGCUUCUCUCUGCUCCCGGCCCCAGCAGGCCAGGGAAUGUCCCGGUGGCGAAAUGCCUUAUGUGGACCGACAGAACCGAAUCUGUGGCUUCCUGGACAUAGAGGAGAAUGAGAGCAGCGGCAAGUUCCUGCGUCGGUACUUCAUACUGGACACACAGCAAGGGAGCCUGGUGUGGUUCAUGGACAACCCACAGAAUUUGCCUCCUGGUGCAGACUGUGUCGGCUCUCUCAAGCUCACCUACAUCUCUAAGGUUAGCGAUGCCACCAAGCUGAGGCCAAAGGCAGAAUUCUGCUUUGUCAUCAAUGCUGGGAUGAGGAAGUUCUUCCUGCAGGCAAAUGACCAGCAGGACCUCGUGGACUGGGUAGACGCCCUCAAUAAGGCCACAAAGAUCACUGUGCCAAAGUUAUCUGAUGGGCAGCAGAAUGCAGAGAACCUGAAGACUUUGCCGGAUGUAAUUGGGCAAAAGAAACAAGUCUCCUAUAAGACGGAGAUCAUUGGUGGAGUCCCUAUUGUCACCCAGACACAGCAGGAAGGUGUUGAUGCUGCAGACAGAGCUGAGCGUGAGGCCAUGCAGCGUUCCCACAGCCAGCUGCCAUACUUCCUGGGCAGGCCAACUCAGGAGCACACAGUCAUCAAGUCAGGCUACUGUGUCAAGCAGGGGGCUGUUAUGAGGAACUGGAAACGGCGAUAUUUCCUGCUAGAAGAAAACUCCAUGAGUUACUUCAAGUCAGAUUUGGAAAAGGAGCCUCUAAGAAUGAUCCCACUCAAAGAAGUUCACAAAGUCCAGGAGUGCAAACAGAGUGACAUAAUGAUGAGGGAUAAUCUGUUUGAAGUCGUCACCACAUCCAGGACAUUUUACAUACAGGCUGACAGUCCGGAGGAGAUGCACAGCUGGAUCAAGGCUGUCUCAGGGGCCAUCGUGGCCCAGCGGGGGCCUGGGAGGUCUGCAGCCACAGAACACAGCAGCCGUUCCACUUUCUACCGCAGCCCCACGGGUCCCCCCGUCCCUCGCUCGCCCAUAUCUGCCAUGCCACCAUGCUACCCAGAGUGGGGCGCUGCUGUCACGUGCGGCACACGCCCGCAGCCUGGCGUGGGACAGCGAGCACUUCAUGAGCCUGCUGCCCCGGCCCAGUCACAGCCACACGCCGGCACGCCUGUCCCUGCAGGAGACUCGCCUGUCAAAGUGACGUGCAAACUACCUGCGACCACUGUCAGUAGCCCUGAGGAGUCACCAUGGCGACGGCGGAGCAGCUUUGAGCCCCUCAUGCCUGAACCUCCACUGGACCUGGACGAUGCUGACCUGCCUGUGAGCGAGGUCUGAACUGGACACUAAGACUUGAUUACUGGGACGUUAAAGUUUAUUGAGAAUGAGGAAACGGUGUGACAGGUGUGUUUCAAACCAAAGCUGUUGUCGGACGAUGGUGUGCAACACCACAAACUUCAGUUGAGCUCCUCCGUCAGUGUGCCGCAGAAACCACUGAUCUGCACUCGUGUGCCAAAGACAUCCUGGUCUUCACCCACACACCCCUGCCUGCCUGCUGCAACAUUUACAAUCAUCUAUUUAUUUUCAAAGAGUUGUCCAGCAAAACUACAAAUUUAAAACCAUUUUCCUUCACUAAUGAUGGAGCUUUAAUUAGACACAGGCACAAACAAUGACUUGAGUGAUAUUCGUUGGAAGAGGAUGUUUGUGAAUGCUUUGUGCCAAGAAAAUAAGGGAUGACUGAGAAGACUGCUCAAACAGAGGAAUGUAUUUAUAUAACCUCUCUAAUCUACCAGUUUAAAACUUGUGAUUCAUUUAUGCAUUCACUAACAUAGCCCUAAAUUUGUCAGUCAGUGAUUGGGAUAUGGGGUCAAACUUAGUCUGAGACCAAAUCAUCACUGAAAUUGAUCUAAUUCUGAUUUAUAGUUUAAGACUAGAUGCAAAUGUUAAAACUGUUUGUGUACAACCUGAUGUGUAUUGUGUUGUAUGUCAGACCAGAUGUAUUGCAACCAACAGCUGGAGAAGUUCUGAGUCAAACAUCUUUAUACACACAUCAGCUGUAACAUUAUGACCACUUAAUGCAAUCUCAAGUAGUUCUGUUCCUCAGCUGUACCAUCAGUGUUACCUUUAUGAAGCAUCCAUGCUUUCAGUUUUUGCUGACAUGGUCACAAAGGUGACGGUUCUAGCUUUAUUAUCAUUCAUAGUGAGCAGUGUACUAGAGGAUUAUAGAGAAGGGUGUAUCUAAUAGUUGUCAGUAUACACAUGAAAAUCCGGAAAACAAGUUUCACGUCUACUAACCAAACUUAAGUGACAAGACAAGUUGAAAUAGCAGCUGCUUCUGACAGACGACUCUGCAACAUUCUGAAAGUCUGUAACUGCAGAGCAGUUUGCGCCCUCUCUACUCAAUCAGAGCAAGUUCAUGGUGUGCACACCUGUUUGGCUCUGCAGGUUUCUUUCAACGCUGGCUGCUGCCAUAGCUGGAAAGAUAUGCUAAGAAUCCGGUCAACUUCAAAAUAUAACACAGUGCACAGAGUCCUGAUCGUAAAGGACCACAUCAAUAUUAUGUCUCAUCCUGCAAUCUACCAAUGAAAUCUACAGCCCCUCAAUUUCAUGUUAUUUAUUUUUAAGGUUACGGCAUAAUAAAUGUACUGCACUUUUACUGUUUUUUUUUCCCUGUAGCUUUAUAAUCUUGAUGUACUGAAUAACAAGAGCAUGUAUGAGUCCUGCUCAUCACUGAUUCCUUUGUCUUUCCCAUGACAGAGUGGUAGUGACAUUUCACAGCACAUAUAAACUCUAAAAUGUUUGCUAGAUCAGUCUUGUUAGUAUGGUAUCUGCUGAGAAUAAUAUUUUAAGGUCUUGUUCAGCAGGUGAUGGUGGUGCCUGCACUCGCAGUGUUCUUUGCUGGUAUAUUGAAUCAACAUGUAGGACAUUGAAGCCUAAUAUUAGUAACACUUUUCAAUAGAAGCCAUUCCAGUACAGCCUUUUGAGUCACUACGUCUUCAAAUGUAAAGUAGAAUUAUCACCUUUCUGACCAUGUCAACUAAAAACUAACGUGAAGAAGUAAAAUGUUAGAUCCGUUGUAUUGGAUUGCUAUAGAUUGCUCAUGUGGCCACACUUCCUGAUUAGUGUGUUUUAUUUUCAGAGGGUUAGUGGUUCUAUUAUGAAACAGAUUUCUUACACAAGCUAAAGUAGCUUUCAUGUAAAACUUAAGGGAAUAUUUAUAGUCAAUUGGCAUCUAGUUAUGUCAGAGUACUGUGCAGAAAUUCAAAAAGAAAACAUUUAAAGCCAUAACAGAACAUUAAUCACUGCACAACUGAGUCUUUACAGCUACAUUUCAACAAACCAGACAUGAACCCAGUGUCAUCAGUAAUCAAGAAGGGUUCACUCACUUGUGUACAUUUUGUAUCUAUAGUGAUAAAAACUUCAAGUUACAAAUAAGCUCAACAGACUGUAAUAACAGAUUCACAUGAUCUGACUUAACCUGCUUUUACACCAUUAUACUGUGUGACCACCAUUCAGACCGUUUGGAUCAUGGUUUGACUCAAAGGAAUUCAGCUCACACACUUUCAUUAACCUUGCUAUGGCUCCUCAGAUUGUCUGUAUUUGUAGAUUUUCUUCUCCACAGUCGCUCUGUGUGUCAUGUGUGAGCAGAAUAGAACUGAUUUAUUUUUUAUAUGCUUUUUAGAUGUUUCAUGAUCAUAUUUCUUGUUCCCAUGUUGCCAGCCCAGCAGGAGAUAGCUGCCUCAUGUUUUUAUUUAAAACUGUCUCACUGCUAAAUAAUACACUAAUCUUUUGUGCCUGUUUUAUUUCAGUACAACAAACUUCAAGCGAUUUCACCCAAUUUUUAGUCUGGUGUUAUCAGUUUGAGUGGUCUUUAUUUAUUAUGUGGUUGACUUGAAAGAAUUAAACACUGAAAAUGU